AAUCUUUCCAUAUUUUUCUUCUAUAUAUCUUUGGGUUUGAUAUAUAUCUUAGCUUGGAUAUUUUUCUUUUUUCUUUUUUUUCAAACUAAUAUAUAUAAUUUUAAGAGUAUACAAUGUCAAAAUUUCCUCCUUUUUCUCUUUUUGCAAACCAACCUGGGAUUCUCAUUCAACUUUAUCAGUCCCAAGUAUGCAACAUUAUAUAAAUAUAAAUUUUAUGUAAUAUACAUAUAUAUAAUAUUAAAUUUCAAACCAUUGAGAUUAAUACUUGAGAGUGGAAGAAGUAAGAGGAUAGGCCACAACAAUAAAUGUUAUCGGUGAGCCGGUGCAAUGUCUAAGGGGAAUGAAUGCAGCCCUUUUCUAAUAGCAAUAAAUAUACAUACAGAUUCUCAAACUCUUCGAAACCUUCAUGCCUUCUUGUAUGAUGAAUUGAAAAUCGCCACUGAUGGGUUUCGAUCUUCCAAUAAAAUUGGUGAAGGUGGAUUUGGUUCUGUCUAUAAGGGGAGGCUCAAAGAUGGAAGAACAGUAGCUGUUAAAGUGUUAUCAGUGGAAUCAAAGCAAGGAGACAGGGAAUUCAUGUCUGAAAUAGUCUCACUAUCCAAUAUAAGCCAUGCAAACCUUGUUAAGCUCCUUGGUGGCUGCAUUGAUGGACCCUCUAGAAUUCUUGUUUAUGAGUACAUGGAAAACAAUAGCCUGGCUCAAGUCUUGCUAGGAGGGGAGAAAAUUAGAGCAAACCUUAGUUGGAAAUCAAGGAAGGAAAUUGCUCUAGGGAUUGCUCAAGCCCUUGCCUAUAUUCAUGAGGAGGUCAAGCCACAUAUUGUGCAUCGAGAUAUCAAACUUAGCAAUAUACUCUUGGAUCAAAAUUUCACUCCCAAAAUUUCAGACUUUGGUCUCUCAAGACUAUUUUCCGAGAAUGUCACUCACCUUAGUACAGGAGUAGCCGGCACACUAGGGUAUCUUGCUCCAGAGUAUGCUGUAAGCGGACACUUGACACGAAAAUCAGAUGUAUAUAGUUUUGGAGUGUUGCUUCUAGAGAUCGUGAGUGGACGAACAGCAAUAGACUUCGAUGUAGAACUGGGAGAGUUCUUCCUUGUUGAGAAGGCAUGGGAGAUGUACAAAUCGAACCAGCUGCUGCAGCUGGUGGAUCCUGUGCUGAAAGGGAGCAUCUCAUCAGGGCAAGAAGUUGUUCAUUUCCUGAAGGUGGGGUUGCUGUGUGUGCAGGAGAAAUGUGGGCUUCGGCCUUACAUGUCGAAGGCGUUUAAGAUGAUGUGCGAUGGAAUAGACAUGGAUGAUUUGCAGAUAUCAAAGCCAGGGCUCAUUACCAGUAUCAUGGAUGUCAAAAUAGGAAACAGACGUUCCUCAUCACCAAGCUUUACCAGAAUGUUAAGCCCUCAGUUACAAACUAGAUAAAUCAACUAGGAUUUUUACAUUGAUUUUCCUUAGUUAUCUCCUCUCUCUCUCUCUCUCUCUUUUUUGGGUGUUUAUUCCAACUCUUGAUAGAUUGUAAAUAGUUUUUUGGGGCCAAACCCAAAGUACCAAUGUUAAUUUUUGUGCAAAAUCACCACCGAUUUUAUAUAUUAUAAUAAAUCUUUAUACUCAA